GUGCUCGUUCAGGACCCCGGAGAGAAUCAGCCUCCUCUCUCAGUAACACCCCUGCAGGUGUCACUUACUUAGUUUACCUGCUUUCCCCUCUCUGUACCUGACGAGGCGUGAAACCAGAUAAUAAUUAAUCCUCCGUAUGUAAUAUUUAUCUUUGACAUGAGGUUCUGUCGCAUGGUUUUAAAAGAUCGUAACUUGACAACUCAACAGUCUUUCUACCAACUUGUGCAAAAGAAACCAUUUCUUCCAUCUGCACUAUGGCGUAACGCAGUAAGAGGCAUGUUUAUUCAAACUCAGGACACACCAAAUCCAAAUAGUUUGAAGUUUAUCCCAGGCAAGGAAGUGCUGGAGUCGAGGACUAUGGAGUUUUCCACGCCAGCUGCAGCAUUUUGCUCACCUUUAGCAAGACAGUUAUUCAAAAUUGAAGGAGUUAAAAGCAUUUUCUUUGGACCAGACUUCAUCACAAUCACCAAGGAGAGUGAAGACCUGGAUUGGAACUUACUGAAACCAGAUAUUUAUGCAACUAUAAUGGAUUUCUUUGCCUCUGGCCUACCUGUAGUUACUGAUGAGGCACCUAGGACAGAUACAGCUGCAUCAGAAGAAGACGAUGAAGUUGUGCUGAUGAUUAAAGAACUGCUGGAUACAAGAAUAAGGCCGACAGUGCAAGAAGAUGGCGGUGAUGUUAUUUAUAAAGGCUUUGAGGAUGGGAUUGUGCAGCUGAAGUUGCAGGGUUCGUGCACCAGUUGUCCCAGUUCCAUCAUCACCCUGAAGAACGGGAUACAGAACAUGCUCCAGUUCUACAUCCCUGAAGUGGAAGGUGUGGAACAGGUUGUUGAUGACGAUGAUGAUAUGGAGAAAGAAGCAAAUUCUACUUGAGCUGACAUCAUCUACGGCCAAACAAGUAUUUACCUCUUGGUGUACGUCAACUAUCUUUUUUGUGCUGAGGAACAACCAAAUUUGCCUUUCUUUUCAGGAGAACUGUUGCACUUUUAUCUGUGAAAAUGUAUCAUCAGUUUAAGCAGUUUGACUAGUUUAUUAAAUGCCCUGUAUUCGGAAAAGAAUUCUUUUGCUCUGUUUUGUACUGUGUCUUAAGAAAGAAAUGGUGGGCUUUAAAAACAGUGAUGUGUUUCCUUUGUUCUUUCAUUAAAAAAAAUCAAGACUGAAAAGAAAAGAAGGCAGAAGUAAAGUUCCUUGACUGCUUUUUGUGCAAUAGAAAUACUAAAUGUUUAUUCUCCCAAACCUACUUAGGAGGCUUGCAGGACUAUCUGCCCAUGCUCUACAACUGGGAAAUUCAGGAAUGUUCAUUUUAUCAAGUCUGGUUAAAAAGGUUUUAAUUCAUAUCAAUUUUUUUUGUGUGAAAAGUAACCCAUAACUUCCAUCUGUUCAUUUUGAUUGCCAUCACUUCUGGAAAGUUACCUACUUGCUCACUACCACUGUGCAAACAAUAGCAACAGAAAGAAAAAAAAUCUGAGUUGUUUGUUGUAAAAAUCGUAUCUUUUAAAAUAAAUCUUAGAAAAAGAUGAUCCUUAUCAGCUUUACUAAGUAGAGAGACUAAUUGGCUUAUUUAGAAGUGAAGUUGUUCAGCCACCAUUAGUGGUCUGUUUAAACUUGCAAAAGAUUAUUUCUCAACGUAAUACUCCAACAUCAAGAUGAAUGUGCAGUGCUUAAGGGCACAAAUUACAUUUGUAGGAUAGCAAAGAAAAUGAAUGUGUUUACUUUAUGCCAUAUCCUGUUUGUUCCUUCUGCAGAGGCAAAGAGUGCAGCGUGUGUGUAACGUGGCCUGGCUGAGCGAGGGAGGACGUGGCAGAGCAGAACACACGUUCCAGUUUUAGAGACUAUGGGAAGAGAAAUAUUUAUUGUUCUGAAAUUGAAAUACGUAAAUCAGGCUUUGCAAGUACUUCUGUUUACUUGUGCUUGUAGGUCUUCAUUUCUUCCUGGUGCCUAGUUUUAGCAGGUGGCUUUGCUAGUGGAAAUGCUACUACUUCUUUGUGCUGCCACAGUCGAGCUGCGUUUGUGGGCAUUAUUUAGCUUAUGGUUAUAGUCGGGUUCCCUGUGUGCAAGGAUUUGAGAGCCUCCGGUAUGUUCCCCUCUUUCAUUCCUGGCCAGUGUAAUUCCACUGAGUCCCUGAACAGGAUCAGUUAAGCCAGUGGAAUCUUUCCUGUAGCAUGCAGAUGAGCAUAUGGUUGCCAUAAACUUCGUAUUACUUGUUAGAAAUCUGAAAAUAAAUAAUUUAGCGAAGUAUUUCUUCAGCUUUCAUGGAGAUUAAUAACUUAGUCAUUUAAAUAACCCGCUCAGGAUUUGGAAAUUGGUUUGAAAUUACCAUGUUUUCUUUACCCUAUUAUGAGUACGUAGUGUCUGAUCACACAAGUACAUCGAUGACAAAAUUCCCCUCGAGGUAGGCUCAGACUGUCCAAAAGAGAGCUUGUGCAAAUGUUACUGCCAUGUCCUUCUUUGUCAGCAAACCAUAGAAUGGUGAGGAGUGUUUCUAGUUUCUCAGAGUUUUUUAGGGCUAAUUUGUCAAUUUAAGGCACUAUACAAGCCAAAACUUAAACAGCAAAGUAGCUGUUUUGCAUGUUUAAUAAAACGUAUCUCUCAAAAA